AUGAAGAAGGCUGAUGAGGGUGCGAAGAGUGUUGCGAGAAAGCGGGGGAAUCUGAAAAAAGGCAGUGACGACCAGAGGGGACAACUGGAGACUCGAGAAGACCUGAAGAUGUCAACCCUCCAAUGCAGUGCUGGAUUGUACACCGCUCGUUUCUUGGGGUCGGCCAGAGGGGGAAUCAAAGGUGAGGCAGAGGGGAGAACGGAGGAAUUAAUGGGGGUGCCAGGUGGUCGUGUUGACCAGCAACGACCGAAGUUUAGCUUCCGAAGGAGGUUCUGGCUACCAAGGAAGACAAGACAAGGGUUGCACUCUCUCCUAGAUGAAUCCUCGGAACGAGUUCGGCUCGGCUGAUGACAACGGCGGAUCAGACGGACUGAUGUGUUGAUG